AAGUGAUUAAAGUAUACAGCAACAGUAUCUACAUUGAUAGAAUUAUGUGAAGGUUCACAAAAUCAAAGGACAAAAGUGCUGGAAAAACAAACCGAAUAAUAAAAUAUCGCAUUUCUGUAACAGCUCUUUGUCGGCAAACUUAAAUGAUCGAUCUGUUAAAACGUGGACAAAAAAAACAUGCAUCCUUUUUGCAGUGUCAGUUUGAUACAGGUUUAUAACAACAGAAAUGACCAUAAAAGUCAAGUUUAAGCUCUCCGCGUCCACUUAAUAGAGGUGACCGUUGAAUACAGGUAUAUUUGACAGUGAAUGUAGGAAAAGAAAAAAUGGGACUUGCACCGCUGUCCGCUUAAUAGACGGUGUCCGCUUAAUAUGGGGUCCGUUUAAUAUAGGUUUGACUGUAAACAUCCCCAGCUCAGUAACGUUCUUUACUUUAUACUUUUUCUUGAUCAGGUAAAACCCUGAAGCAAGUGGAUCUCUCGAAUAUGUGUAGAGAGCAACAUCACGAGGAUGAGCCUCUCAAUUAUUACUGUCAAGAAUGCAAAGUUUGUAUUUGUGGCAAGUGUGGACAAACACGUCAUACUCGUCACACCAAGGUGGAUAUCCAGCAAGCCGCCCACGAGCAGAAACCAAAGAUAAUGGAAGUUUUACAGGAAAUGAAGGUAGAUAUGGCUGAUUAUGAGAUCCAAAUGGAAAAAACAACAGAAUUGUGGAGAAAAAGCAGAGAAAAGAUUGCCGCAGCGCGUAACAAUGUACAGACAACUGUCGAAGAACUCGUUCGAGUCUUAAGAGAGCACGAGGCUGCCAUGGUGACUAAGUUAGAUGUUCUUGAUGAAGCUGAUCAAAGAGAUCACGCAACGCAGUUGGAACAUUUUCAGACGUGUGUCACACAAUUUAAAACAUCCGUGGAGCAUUGCGAGGUAAUCUUACAGAGAAACAGCAGUUUUGAAAUUCUGCAGGCCCAACAGGAUGUCAUUGAAAGGAGUAAAGGCUUAAUAAAGGCAACAAAAAUGGACAUUUAUAAACCAUCGCAUGUUUAUUACAAGAUCAACGAAGAUUAUGUUCAGAAUGUGAGAAGUGGUGUUCCUGGUCAAGUUGAUGUCAGUGACACGAAUCCUUUGCGGUCACUUGCGGGAGGGAGAGGUCUGAAAGAAGCGGAAGCUGGAAAGAACUCUAAAUUUACAAUCGUAACAAACGACUCAGAUGGGAAACGGUGUUAUUAUGAAAUCGACCAGAUAACAGUAAAAGUUCAGACUCCAUCCGGAGAGGGUCUGGAUUACUGGGUUAAACACGUUGCAGACGGUAAACAUCGGGUCACCUAUACUCCAAAUUGUGAUGGACGUCAUGAAGUGAUGAUCGAAGUUAAUGAUCAACCGCUGCCUAGAAGUCCCUGGAGUGUCCAAGUACGUCCACAUCAGUACACAUGGAGAGAUCGUCGGGGGAAACGUGGGAAAGCUCAAGGACAAUUUAAAGAACCCUGUGAUGUUGCAAUAAACAAGAAGACAGGGACAAUUGCAGUGGUUGAUCGAGAGAAUAACAGAAUACAACUUUUUGACCCAUGGUUAGAUUAUAUAUCGGCGUUUGGUCAGAAAGGCCCAUCUGCUAAGAAACUAAGCAAUCCCACUUAAGUUGCAUUCACCAAUACUGGUAACCUCAUUAUCAUUGCUUCGAGCGCUAUGCAUUGCUUCAACGAAAAUGGUCAGUUUCUCAACAGUAUAAUCAACAAACACCUUAAAGAUCCAUUCAAAUUAACUAUUACUUGUGAUGACCACAUGGUGGUGUCUGACCGGGGUGACAAGUCAGUCAAAGUCCUCUCCCCUGA